AUGAAGUACAGUCUAAUUAUUCUUCUUAUUGCCACAACUCUUGCUGCCAUCCCUACCAAAGUGACCAAUUGUAUGGCUGAUCCCAAGGUCGUCUUCACAAGUGCCUCAUUUAGCGUACAACCAGCCAAAGGAGUUGAUGAGACCAUGACUCUUUAUGGAAGUGCCAAUCAACAUGCAGAAUUGUCAAAUGUCUUACUCAAAGCCAAAUGGAAUGGAGUUGAAGCAUUCGAAGACAAUUACCCAGAAGAUGAAGUUUAUGAUAAGGGAGACCCUGUCACUUAUUCUCUUACUUAAAACUUCCCUACCUAUACUCCAUCGGUAAAAUUGAUUUAAAUAGCAUUAGGGCAAAAUCGUAUGCUAAUUCUGGUUUUAAAAUGCCAAAGGAGCCAAUUUCGCUUGUGCAGAAAUUUCAUUCCUUGUUUGA